AUGUAUUUAGAUUUACUUGCUGUAUAUUAGAUACGAUAUCCGUGCCAUGUGUAAAAUAUUUUUAAAAAAGUAAAAAAUACAGAAAAAAUGUCUACCUUAUCCCAGCAACAGCAAAUGCAACUUCUAGCAGAGCUUGAAAUUGAAAUGAUGGCUGACAUGUAUAACAGAAUGACGAGUACCUGUCAAAGCAAGUGUGUUCCCUCAACGUACCAUGAAGGAGAUUUAACCAAAGGAGAAGCUGUGUGUCUGGAUCGCUGCGUAGCGAAGUACCUUGAAAUCCACGAAACCCUCGGCAAAACACUCACAGAGAAGUCAGUGCAAGAUGAUGCAAUGUUGAAGAAGAUGCAGCAAAAAUGACCUCCCUCUGCAAUCAUUAAGGACUCUAUUCCAAUUGAAGACAAUUAUGAACUUUUGAUGUGUUUUAAGUUGUUUUCUGGACCUGAAAGUCAUUCAUGUUCAAUGGUGAUCGUGAUCCAUGACAAUCAAAACAAUUGAUUGCUGACAGUGUGAUGACAUUUUGGGAAAGAAACUGCGAUAGUGCGACCAAAUACUGAAUUUCAGUGCAGUAUAUUCCAAAAGACUGAAAUAUUUUUAUCCAUUAUUAUAUAUAAAACACUUUAUGUUUAUUAAAUGCAGUUCAAGUUUUUACAGAAUAUAAAUAAUGUUAAAUAUCCUGUUAUUUCUUAUAAUAAAAAUACUGUAUUAACCAUAUAUAGUGCAAAUUACCCUAUUGCAUUGUCAAUUUCAAAGCAAAGUGAAAGAACUAAAAAUAAAUAUAUGAUUAUUAUGUUGCACUAUCAAUAGGUUUAUCCGGAUAGAUGGUGCAUUAUGAGUAUAUUAUUAUUUCUUAUUGUUCUCAUUAAAUCAUAAUAUAGAAUUACAAGAAUUAUUACCAUUUAAGGUUAUAUUGAAUACUGUAUGCUGGCAUUAUCUUAAUAAAGAAAAAAAUCAUUGAACCAUA